GGUUCGUCAAUAAUAAGAAUGUUGGCUAAUUUCCUUGGAGAUGAUGACUUCAAAAAAGGUCUUCAGUACUAUCUUCAAACUUACGCCUUUAAAAAUGCAGAAACCAAAGAUCUUUGGAAUGCCCUGGGAAAAGUUAGCAAGACUGAUGUCAAGGCCAUCAUGGAUACGUGGACCUUUCAAAUGGGAUAUCCUGUGGUCACGGUGAAGAGGAAUGGUAACAAAGUAAGCUUGUCACAGAAGCACUUCCUGUUGGAUCCAAAUGCAAAUGUCACGGUCACGUCACAGUAUAACUACAAGUGGUACAUACCAUUCACCUAUGUCACGCAAGAUCAUCCCAAUAUUUCGUCCCUUGUCUGGAUGAACAUGACUUCCGCUGAGACAGCGGUUUCUGCAAGAACUAAAUGGAUCAAAGGAAACUACAAACAGCAUGGUUACUACAGAGUGCAUUACGAUGAAGACAACUGGAAGGCGUUGAGCAACCAAUUAAAUACCAAUCCCGAGGUAUUUUCUGCUCAAGACAGGUCCAGCUUGAUUAAUGAUGCUUUCAGCUUGGCCAGGGCGGGUCUUGUAGAAUACCAAACAGCCCUGGAUAUGUUACAAUACUUGACUAAAGAAGAUAAAUACGUGCCUUGGAAGACUGCGUUAAGCAGCUUGAGUUACCUGAAGACGGUACUGGGCAACAGACCUUGCUUUGGUAACCUACAGAAAUUUAUUCGUAAUAAAGUCAGACCACAUGUGGAAAAACUUGGUUGGGAGCCUCGAAGUGGACACAUUGAAAAGUUCUUCCAGGUGUCUUUGUUGGCAACAGCUUGCAACAAUGGCGACAAGGAUGCAAAGAAAAAUGUAACUGAUAUUUUUAUGCAAUGGAAAGACGGUCAAAGACUAACAAUAGAUGUUGACAUACGUUCAUUGGUUUAUCGGUAUGGAAUAGCUAACACUGGUCCUGAUGAAUGGCAUUGGUUGUUCCAGAAAUUCUUGAACACAACAGACGUGACUGAAAGAAGCAAACUUAUGGCUGCUUUGGGCUCGAGUAACCAGCCUUAUAUACUAAACAAGUUUUUACAAAGUUCGUUGAACUCGAGUUUGAUUCGUUCCCAGGACAUGGUUAGCGUGAUCAGUUACGUCGCUUAUAAUCCUGUUGGCAAAUACCUCGCCUGGAACUUUGCGCGCUCCAACUGGGAAUUACUAUUAAAUACGUUCGGCACCAGUACCUUCCGCAUGACCAGUUUGGUCAACGCUAUCACGAAUGCGUUCAAUACAGAAUUUGAUUUAGCUGAGAUGCAAAAAUUCUUUGCGGAAUCUAACGCAGGGACAAGUGAGUCUGCCAGAAAACAAGCCGUCGAACGAACCAAGACGAAUAUCGAAUGGCUGAAGAAAAACGAGGCCCAAGUUGAAGCUUGGCUGGAAAAACAUGCAUAAAACAUUAUAAUCAUUUAACGAGAAAAUAACGAAACGAGCGAUUUUUUUCUCUCCAUAUACUUCUUCAUUUUUCUUUAUGCAGUCCUACGUACAAGAAUUCUGUUUCUUGAUUUACACAGUUCGAUGUUUCCUAGCAUCUACCGCACAACAUGCUGACGCCAAGUUCAAGCUGCCACGAGUCGAAAGCAAGUCGUACGAUCGAUUUACACGAAGCAAUUCGUGUCGUCAACAUGGUGCGCGCGACAACUGUGAGAAAAAUCGAACCGUGUAAAUCAGCCUUUUGCGAUUAUUGAUUAUACAUUCUGUUAAUAUAAGACACUAUGAAAAGUGUGAUGAUUACCCGCUGGACUGGGGUGGCUUUGCUCGUUGACUCUAUGGCUACGUCAUCCUUUUUAGGAGUAAUAGGUUUGAGCCCGCGUUCAAAACCUUACUGCACACUGCGUACGCAGAUAAUUGUUACCUUAUAAUCAAUGAACGAUAUGAUAUACGGUAAGACCUUACUGUACACUGUGUACGCAGAUAUUCGUUACCUUAUAAUCAAUGGACGAUAUGAUGUACGGUAAGACCUUACUGUACACUGUGUACGCAGAUAUUUGUUACCUUAUAAUCAAUGAAUGCUAUGAUAUACGGUAAGACCUUACCGUACACUGUGUACGCACAUAAUUGUUACCGAGUUGAAGCAGAGUGAAAUAAAUAGACUGAUUCUCUUUCA